AUGGAUGAGAAAGAAGCUGCAAAGGCAAAGCUCCUUAUUGCUACAUUACAGAAAUACGGCUAUGAUUUAGAAGACCCUACGCGCACAAGCUUUACUAGUAGCACAAACUCAAGCGAUGGAUCAACUGAAUGGAGUCCCGAUGAUGAUAUAGAGCCCGUUGCCGCUCGCCGUUGUAGCGUCGCGUCGUCUGCCGGUAUCUUGGCGCUACGUGAUCGCAAGAAUCAACAGAGCGCUUUACAUAUUGCUGCUAAAAAGGCACAUUUUGAUGUAUUGCGUGCACUAGCAAAUCUACCGAAAGUAUCGGACCACUUGAAUGCUGGCGAUCGACACUGCAAUACGGCACUACACUUUGCUGCUAGCAGUGCUAGGUCAAAAGCACCGGAUAUGGUGGAGCUGCUACUGAACUUGGGUGCAAACCCGUUGGCAACGAACGUUCGUGGUCAGACACCACUGGCUAUUCACAUUAUGACAGCUAAACCAGAAACACCGGUGACGAUUACGAAACUCUUUAUCGAUAAGUUUCGACAGCUGAAACCCCCCUUGUCCUCGCUGGCACCACCGUCACCGUCAUCACCAACGGAUCUACGCGCCCAAGCGCCGUGUGCGAUACUGAACGAGCUGGUCAAUGGUACCACAUAUUUGCAUAUGGCAGUGGAUCGUCAAUUGGGCGAAAUUGGUGGUGCAUUGGUGCAGGGAGGCGCUUCCAUUAACGUGCCUGACCACAAUGGCGUCAUGGUGAGCGAUACGAUCCCAAAAAAGAUGCUGGUAAAGCUUAUUACUUUCAUGACGGAAGGCUCUCAGGUUGCUCCGCCCGACAUUGUACGCGGCAGCUGCAAGAUUUGCCGUAAUCCAAAGAGCCUGUUGGACCCUCUGAAAGAUUGCAUCCUGUGUGGCCGCGCUGUCUGCAAGAACUGCUCGAAGAAAGCGUCCGAGAUCCGCAAAACAACGUCAGAUGGCAGCCAUGCAACGCUGAAGGACAAGGACGAGGGCAGAUUCUGUGCUGUUUGCUGCACUGUCAAGAUUUUGAAAAGUAAAAAGCACAACGAGCGCGAGAACUUCAAUAAGAAGCUAAUGGGCUGUGGCAUGAAAUAG